AUGAAGUUCCAAGCGUUGGCUGUUUCACUUGUUUCGCUCUCUUUUGCAUUCGAUUCUUGUGUUGCGUUCUCGACGCAGCAGAAUGUCCGAAAUUUGCAUUCUGUGACCCUCAGAUCGGCAGCAGAAGCAGAGGCCCCAGGCAUCGAGAGCAUCGAGAGCUUGACAAAUGAUAUCAUUUCAAAGCUUCAGUUCCGGGAAGCACAAUUGAAGUUGGAGAUCCUCAAACUAGACACCAGUGGAACUCUUUCAGCGAUGAAGGAUAGACUGAGAAGUGCAACAGUUCAUAAAGACGUUGAACAUACUACAGCGGACGAGGAUGCUCAUGCUGUCGAUAGUGAGAAAUUGAAAGAGGCUUUCGAAAAGACUGGAAUUUCUUUCGAAGACACGUCUGAUCCGGACUUUGAUUUUAAGGAUCUCAUUAGGGAGACUGAAAUGUAUGUAAACGAUGGACAUUGGAAAUCAGCAACCAGAAGAAUGAAAAAGCUAUCAAAAAGAUAUGGAAAAAAAUCCAGUGAUCCUCGUGAAAUUCCAGAAAGUCUAUACGUCUCAGUUCUUCAAGAAUGUUCCAACGACCGACUCCAUGGAGCUCGCGCAGCAGAACCAGCUAGAAAACUUAUGGAGGAAAUGGUUGCAUUGGGAUAUGAAAUUCCAGCCGACACAGCAAAUUACUGUGUCCGAAACUGCUUGAGUGACGGAGAAAAUGGUUCGCAUCAAGGUUUCGGAGGAAUUGACACAGCACUAGCUAUGAUUACAGCCAUUGAACAUGCUGAAAACCCAGUGGAGAUUAACCUUGAGACAUACAGUAGACUGAUUUUAGCAUUGGCGGCUGAAGGAUCCAUUGAAUACUCCCUCAAGAUUUUGCGAGAGCUUGUUGCCGAAAAAUCACAGACUCCAUCAUUGGACCUCUUUGCCGACGUUGCGUCGUACUGCCUCGGUGGAAAGGAAAAUCCUGGAAACCCAGAGGUGGUUAUGACCGUAUUGGCAUAUGCCAAGGCAGCCGGAUAUGAGCUGGAUCGCAUCGCAUCAACAGGAGAUGGUAGGAGGUUGUUGGCUUCUGGUGUUAUCGCAGCGGAAAAGUUGGACAACAUUGGACUUGGUCUGAGAUUUUUGACAGCAGCGAGCAAUGCAGAAGGAUGUGCUCCAGAUAAGGGAGAUGUUCUGGUUGCAAAUUCUUCGCCAGCUGCCCAGCGUGCUUCUACAAUUAUUCACCGAAAAGCGCUGGCAAAGGCGACCCAAGACGACUCUUGGAAGCUAUCUGUUAGGCUGUUGGAAAUCAUGAUUUCGCGUGGCCUGCGACCUUCUCCAGCUACCUGGAGGAACGUUGUAACUUGCUGUGCCAAGCUCGAAAAGAGUAGAAAGGCAACAUCCCUUCUGUUGGAUUGGGUUGAGAUGUCGAAGGAUAGGCGGGCAGAGAAGCCCUCACUUCGUGUUUUCAACACUGUUGUGAAUGCUUGCGAAGUUUGUGGAGAAGAAGAACUUACAAUUCAAGUUCUUGAUUCGAUGAAGGAAACCCAUAACACAGAAGGAAACUUGAUCACUUUCAACAUUGCUCUAAAGCGAUUGGCAAAAUCUGGGAAUACAAUGGCUUGCGAGGGUAUCAUCGUUGGUAUGUUGCAAAGCGGUAUUGAACCAUCCGUUGUUUCGUACACAACCACAAUUGCAGCAUGUGUACAUGACCCAAAGAAGCCAAGUGUCGCUGUGGAGUGGAUCAAUAGAAUGAAAUCCCGUAUGGUGCUGCCAAAUGUCAUCACUUACAACACCGCCUUUGCCGCGUGUUUGGAUGGCACCCUAGAGGGCUCACGUCUCGCAAGUCAGCUUGCAAUCGAUAUGAUGGCCAGUAUUCAAGCACAAUUGGAUGCUGGAAUUUUGGAUGCCGAUCAAUAUACUGACGUAACCCCCAACGUCUACACAAAAUCAUUGGCAAAAGAAGCCAUGAAACAACUCAAGACCAACUGGGAAGCUGAUCUAAUCGACAAAAAGGUCGCAAAGGAAACUCUUCGUGUUCCCCUUCUUCAGUUGGUCGAAUUUGCCAACUCUGACCUCUCCCAAAUGGCGGAAAAGCAAAAAGAAUUCAUUUCCAUGGCCACAGAAAAGCCAACUGAGGAAUUAGCAGAAGUCACGGAUGCUACUGACGAAGAGCUUGAGUAUGCUACUGCCAUUGGUACACACCGCGCUGCUGCGGUUUAG